GCUGUUGGCAACCACUGUAUGGAUCUAAACGAUAUUAAUAAAAGCCAAGAAGUAGACAAUAACCGGGGUGAACAACGCCCUCACAACGGCCCUCACUCCGCACCUGAGCGCGCACUACGCCAGCCAUUUCUAGGUGCUGCCCCCGGCCCCGAAUCAAAACCGGAUGCAGAAGUCAAGGUUACUCCUCCACGAGCAUCCACGCCUACUCCAACUGCAAGGACGCAGCCCUCCUCCCUUGCACGAGUGGGCUCCCAGACCCCUAAUGGUUCUAGGGUCGAACAAGUGCGGAGUGUCGACCUGGCCGCCUUCUCGGCCUCUACGUCACAGCAAGCCCUCUCGACCCACAAAUGGACUCCGCCCACGUCGAUCACUUCCCGCCCACCUCAUAUCCCUACCUGCAGGCCGAGAUACUUCUGCCCCCCAGUCCAUGUGGCCAAACUCACGAUAUGGUUCUCCCUUUUUCGCCCAGCCAAACCGUCAAGGUUACCCUGGGUUCGCACCUUCACUAUCCAACGUCAAGAGUGGAUCCGCACGCCCAUUCCCCACCUCAGCUUUCACUUUCACCCCGCCCCUGAACCUACCUCCGGCUCCUGCCCAAGCCUCUUCCGCUAAUGCUACAUUGCCACUACAUCGCGAGCCUGUCGAUAUUCUACUUAGCCCCCACCCACCUGAUGUUUCUCUUGCGGCUGCUCAGGGCUUAACUUCGAUUCUAUCGGCUAUGUCUGUUAAUCACGGGCUAGCGCUCGAGGUCGUGAUCGCAGUGUACAAACGUGCGGGGAGUCUGAAGGAGGCGGAUAGAGUGCUUGAAGGCAUGAGAGAGGCCGCCGAAGAAUGGGCGGAGAGAGCACUCAGGAAAAUGGGUAACCAUCGGGACUCUGACGAACGCGCAGAUACGGCCAAACACCGUGAAAUGGAAUCGUGGUACAGGAAAGAGGAUGAUGCUGUGGAAGAUGGCAGCACGCGGCAGUCUGUCAGCCGUCGAAGAAGUCGCAGGGAGUCGCAGCCUGGGAACAAACGGAUUACUACGGAACUGGAUUACGUUCUUGCUCGUCCUUCGGAUGAAACACCCGAGUAUAUGCCGCCUGAGACAACACGAGCCGCGAAGUGGAAACGCCACAGUACGGGACGAACCUCAAGAUCGCCCGUUGGUGUGCAUCAGAACGAAAACCCGAUCCAGAGCAGUAAGGACGACAACGAUGAAGGCGAGUGUGGACAGGUUGAGCAGAUGCUCGUUAAUGACGAAGAGGGGACCCUGAGCCACGUGGAAAUCCACCAGCUCUCCCACACCGACGAACCUCCCCGGGACCGUAUGCACAAAGAGCGAGAAGAAUAUCAUGAUAUCGGUGCACUACUGCAAACCAUGGAGCCGCAGGAGUUAGAAAAGAAGCUGGGGAAGGACAAUCUACGGCAACAAAUAGGCAAUUUGUUCAAUGCUAAUAGUACGCACUUGAGAGCAGUAUCUCAUCUACACUACAAGCACCCCAGAUAUUGGAGGCAUCAUACAUUAAACCCCUUGCAUCCCUAUCUUACAGUGUCUUGUAUUUUUAAAGCACACCACCGAGCUGUUGUGGCAUAGUCUUGGAUACACCAAGCCAUGUUUUACACUGGGAAACUGAGAUGCGCGCAACCGAAGUUUCGAAGUCGACUUGGAAAAAAAAGAAAGAAAGAAAGAAAGAAAGAAAGAGGAAGGUUAAGUGGCGGCUACGGGGAGAUCCCAGGUGCGUGCCCUGAAUCUCUCGCGGUC